UGCAAAUAAUGGCAUAUAUUACUUCCUUAAUUGGAAAAGGAAACUAUUAAGGAACGUUUUGCGCAGUUAUGAAGAGAAAUCGCUUUUUAUGAGUGAAUGCGACAACUUAUCCGGUAAAUUGGAGAUUGUUGAGGAAAUGGCAAGUGUGAAAUCGAAAAUAACUGAAAAAGAAACUAAAAAGUUGAUGGUUGCAGCCAUUGAUUUUGGGACAACAUUUUCUGGCUGGGGUUUUUCUUUUGACAAUGAUUAUAAAUCGGAUCCAACAAAAAUAUCCUGCAAACAUUGGAACAGUGGAAAGAAUAUUUCUAUGAAAGCACCCACAACAGUUCUGAUACAACCGGAUGGACACACACUUGAAGCAUUUGGUUACGAGGCAGAGGACAGGUACGCGGAGUUAGCAGACGAAAAGGAACAUAGAACAUACUACUACUUCGAACGCUUCAAAAUGAUGCUAUUUGACACCAAGAAACUAACUAGAAAUGAGGAGCUUGAAGACGACAAAGGUAAACGUCUACCCGCUAAACGUGUAUUUGCUAUGGUGAUUAGAUAUCUCAAAGACGAUUUGCUGAAAGAAACUGAGAAGAAACUUACUGUAGAACUGAAAGAAGAGGAAAUACAGUGGGUGUUAACUGUGCCUGCAAUAUGGACCCCGCCAGCUAAACAGUUUAUGAGAGAAUGUGCCAUUGAAGCUGGUAUACAGUCACAAAAUCUUAUGAUAGCUUUGGAACCAGAGGCAGCUUCUUUAUAUUGUAAAUACUUCACAAUACCGAAACCGAAAGAUGGGAAAGCAGAGUCAAAAGUACUAUCUUUAUUCGAACCUGGUGCGAGAUAUAUGGUUGUUGACGCUGGAGGUGGAACGAUUGACAUUAUAGUUCAUGAAGUAUGCACUGAUGGAACAUUAAGAGAGAUAUUUCAAGCUAAUGGUGGAAACUGGGGCGGUACAGUGGUUGAUAAAGCUUUCCAAGAUUUUUUGACAGGAAUUGUUGGUAAAAUUGUAAUGAAGAGAUUCCAAGAUGAACACAAAGACGAUUUUCUCGACCUUCAAAGAGAGUUUGAAGUAAGGAAAAGGUCUAUAACGCCAGAUCUUAAAUCGAAAGUAAAACUUAAAAUACCCGUUUCGCUGUCUAAUAUUUAUAAAGAUGUAAACUCAAAAAGCGUAAAGGAAAAAAUUGAGAGAGAUGAUGAACUUAAUGGAAAGGUGAAGUUUACGGCAGAUAAGAUUUUGUUUGAUAGCAGUCUUUUUAAAAACUUUUUUAGUUUUACAACGGAACAUCUUACAGAACAUAUGAAAAGUAUUCUACACGAAGAAGCAACAGCAAACACCAAUACAAUUUUGAUGGUUGGUGGGUUUUCAGAGUCCCAAAUGUUAUUUAAAGCAGUCAAAUCUUCAUUUGUUGAUAAAAAUAUUUUACUGCCUGAAGAUGCAGGUUUGUCGGUUCUAAAAGGGGCAGUUAUAUAUGGACAUGACAGAAAGGACAUCAGUGUUAGGAUCAGUCCAUAUACCUACGGGUUUGGAAUACGAGGUUCUUAUGACCCACUUAAACACCCAAGAGAGAGACUUCACGGUCAGAAACGUGUUCGUGGUUCGAUGUUCGAAAGUUUGAUUAGAAAGGGUGAAGAAACGUCACCUGGUAUGUUUACAAGUGGUAGAUGUAUAACACCCUCCUUUGGAGGUAAUACGUAUAGUCUAAAAUUAUUUGCAUCACAGCGUGCUGAUCCUUUAUUUGUUGAUGAACCUGACUGUUUUAAAGUUGGAGAAUUAUAUGUAGACUGUACGGACAACGAGGGAAAUGUCGGGGGCACUUUAGUACAGAUUACGUGUGGUGGUACGGAGUUCGAAGUUCAAGUUAUUCAUGAAACAACACGAAAUAAGACUAAUGCUACAUUCAAUUUUCUAGAUUAAAUGCAUAUCGUCAAAUCAUUUGAUCGACAUAAUGCAGAUAACGUUUGAUAUAACUAAAAUUGAGCUAGAAAUGAAUAUCACAUAGUGAAAUAAAUAUAGAAAUAUAAG